GACUCGUGCCUGCAAUGCAAUAUUCUCGUCUACUCUUUACAUAAAUUCGGCCCUUCGAACUAGACUACCAGUAUAUCGAUCUACUACCCGUCUCGCUACGACCAUGUCGGGCUACGGAUCCCAACCCAUUGCUCAGUACACCAUCUCUCGGGGAUUCUUCCACAAAGCCUGGGAUAUCACAAUCAACGGACAAACGGUCUACCAUGUAGACAACUCACACUGGACACCGGGCAAGCCCGAUCUAACCUUCCACGCGGGACCCAAUACCACCGGACCCAUCGCGGGGGUCAGUAAAUACCGACAUUUCUCAUCGGACACGGAAAUCGGGCUCGGCGAUCCGGCGCAGGCUCACGCGAUCGAAUGGCUCUGUCUCAACCGUGACAGCAGAAUGUCCGUCCGAUACUCGAUCCGCAUGAGUAUAGGCAGCGGCCAUCAACCUUGUACGUUUACGUGGAAACGGACGCGUUCGCUAGGCAGUAGUCGACACUCUGGAGACCUGAAGCUGGUGGACGAUUCGGACCGGAUAUUAGCGGUUCUGUCGUCGGGCGGGAGUUUUACCUCUACGAGUGGAAAAAUGAAUAUCUACGCGCAGUAUGGAGAUCGGUUUCAGCUUAUGGUGUUGGUGAGCGGGCUGGCCUUGCGUGAAAAACUCGCUCGGGCUCGAAAGGCUGCAGCUGCAAGUGCUGGUGGGGGCGGUGGGGGCGCUUAAAAGGGCAUUGAACCUGAGGUUUCGGACCUGGGAGCCUAGAAUGCUGGUGGGCUGGCCGGUGGUGGAGGUCGUGGAUUUCUGGGAACUUGGAAGCGAGCCGAACUUGCGAGGGGAAUGGAUGGGAUGGUUACCUCGGAGGGGAACCUCAGAAGAGCCAAGACCACGAGGGAGUGGAAAUCUGCACGUUUAUACGAGAUGGGAACGACUGGAACGCCUGGAACGACGGAGUGGGGACACGGGGAGUCUGGAGGGUGUGCUUGAUUUCUUUGUACCUUUUAUUACGUGAUGUACGACUGUAUCCUGUUUUGAUGACGAGAUGCUUGAUGAUUUGAUGAUAAUGGACCAUAACGUUAAUAGGGAACAUUUUAGAUUUUAAGGUCUCUCAGGG